AUGACAAAUCAUAUUCCUUCGCCCAUCUUGACGUUACCUACUAACAUUAUCCAUCGUAUUUUGGACAAUCUUGACGAGUUCGCUAUACUAUAUUCCGGUCGCAACGUAUGCAAACGAUUGAAUAUGGUUGUGGAUGAAUAUAAUCGAUAUCAGACACUUAUUUCAUUAGAUCUGUCUGAUCAUCUAAUCGGAGAUCUCCGAGCACAACAUUUAGCAUAUGCAUUAUGCAGUAACACAACUCUGAAAGAAUUCAAUCUCACCUCAAAUCGAAUCGAAGUAAACGGUGCACGGUGUCUGGCGAAUAUAUUGCGACAGAAUACGGUACUCACUACACUCAAUCUUUAUAACAAUGAAGUUGGUGAUGAGGGAGUACAAUAUUUAGCAGAUGCAUUGCGAACUAACACGGCACUUAUUACAUUGGAUCUCUCGUCUAACGAGAUGGGAGAUGACGGAGCGCAGUACUUAGCUCGUGGAUUACGAAAAAAUACAAUACUCACUACAUUGAUACUCUCUAAUAACCUAAUUAGAGCUCAAGGAGCAGAAUACUUAGCAGAUGCUUUACGUACCAACACUACACUGACGACAUUAGAUCUUUAUAAUAACGAAAUCAAAGACAUGGGCGCACAGCAUCUGAUCGAUGCACUACGAAACAAUACAACUCUCACUACAUUGGAUGUUACGUGGAAUCAAAUUAGCAGCGAUCUGGAAGAUUUUUUAGAUGACUUGAUCGAGCACAACCAACAAAGAACAAUAAAAGAGUGCAUCUUGAGGGUGGAUGUGGGUGAUGGCGUUGCAGUUGAUGGUGUUGAGAUCGUAGUUAGACCUGUUUUGAACAAAAAAUAA